UACAGUACAUGCGCGCCGCUAGCUAGAGCUGAGUUAUCGCAGGAAACAAUUCUAGAGCUGGGCUUUGAAUGCAUUAUCAGAGACCUGAAAUGAGCUGCAUUGACUUUAUUUCGAAAUGUUUCUGUUACAGAUGAUGGAACUGAGAGAAGGAGAAAACAGCUUUAGUUACUUCAUCUCCAGAUGUCAUAUUGAAUAGCCUGCAGUUACUGUCCAUUUACAACUUCAUGGGUAAGCACAGAAAAGAAGCAAGAAGGGCAUAUUUGAAAAGAAGAAGAUCAGCAAUGAGAGAAACAAAAUUAGCUGGGAAUGAUUUGGAUGAUACCCAAAUGAGUCACAUGAAAAUUGAUAGCCCAGCUAAUGAAGAUAACAGCCAUUGCAUCCAAACCAAAAUGACUGAAAAACACACCCCUUUAUUCUGUACGCCGCCAAAGUCAAAGUCAUCAUCAGCACUGCUACCAUCAUCGUCAAAGUCAUCAUCAGCACUGCUACCAUCAUCAAAUAUGUCAAAUUCAUCAGCACUGCUGCCAUCAUCAAAUACGUCGAAUUCAUCAGCACUGCUACCAUCGUCGUCAAAUACGUUGAAGUCAUCAGCGCUGCUACCAUCAUCGUCAAAUACAUCUAAGUCAUCAGCACUGCUAGCAUCGUCGUCAAAUACGUCAAAGUCAUCAGCACUGCUACCAUCAUUGUCAAAUACAUCUACAUAUACGCAGCCCAGAUACAGCAUGCAGGUCAGUAUAUACAGAGUUGCCUGCAGUAGUAACUGGCAACCUGUAGGAUCAGAAUGACAUUUACAAUUUUACUGAUGAAGACGGAGUGGAAGAUAUGGAAGGUGGAGAGAGGUACAAACAGGGCAGAAUGAAAAAGGCACGCCAGGAGAACAUAAUGAAGGCGAAGGAGGUGAAGAACAUAAUGAAGGCGAACCAAGUGAAGAACAUAAUAAAGGCGAAGCAAGUGAAGAACAUAAUGAAGGCGAAGC